GAAGUCGGUCUCAUCAUGGCGGAGCUCAAGGUGGAACUCCGGGCCAGUGUGGACUGGCAGAAACGCUGCCUGGCCCUGGAGACCCAGCUUUUCCGGUUCCGCCUACAGGCCAGUAAGAUAAGGGAGCUGCUGGCUGACAAGAUGCAAGAGCUGGAGCAGAGGCUGUUGGAGGCAGAGCAGAGAGCAGAGAAUGCCGAGACCCAGGUGAGCGUGAUGGAAGAGAAGGUGAAACUGUCCAACCUGAAGAACGUAGACUCAGCAGGCAGCCUGCAUCGGAAAUACCAAGAAUUGCUGAAAGCCUUGCAGGGCAAAGAUGAGCUCAUCAGCCAGCUGGAGGCCCAGCUGGAGAAACAGAAGCGGAUGAGAGCUGAGGAAGCAAAACUUGUUCAAGAAAAGGCUGCGAAGAUCAAGGAAUGGGUGACUCUUAAGUUAGCAGAGCUUGAGACAGAGAAUCAGCACCUGAAAGGCUGUAAUGAGCACCUGGUAGAACAGGUGGGGAUCCUUCAAGAUGCCCUGGAAGCUCUUCAGGUGGCACCUGUGGGCAAGUUGCCGGUGGGUCCCCAGGAAGCCCCAGAGCAGAAUGCUGUUACUUCAGGGCCUGGAAGCCAGCUAACGGGUCAAGACAGUCAUCCCCAAACUGAGAGUUCCCUGAAGGUGGCUGUGCCUGCACCUUCUCCAGGUGCCCUGGCGAACAAGACCUCUGUUCCCAAAGCUGGAAACCCCUUGGAGGACUCUGAGUCCAACUUGGCUCAGUCUGGGGAAAGAGCAGAGGCCAAGACUCCUCAGAUACAUCUGAGAAGAGAAGACUCUCCCGGCCAGGUCUCAGGGAAGCCUCACAUCCCCAGAUGUGGUUCUGCUUCCUGGGAUGAAGGCCUACUUAGUGCUCAGGGAAGGAUGCUCCCUGAGACAAAGAGCUCUACUAGGGAAGGUGGCCCUGGCAGCAGCCUGACCCUUCCAAAAGCACGGGCCCCCAGCAUCCUCCGGGACAGCAUCCAGCUGGCCAAGCGACACCACAGUCAGCCCCAGGUGGGCCCUGGGCACUUUGACCAUGUGGUGAGUAUUGAGAGCGGGGCCCUCUCAGCCCUCCACCCAACCAGCCUCCCCAAGGUGAAAACCGAAACUGAGCUCUGGGGGGAACCAGAGAAGAUGGAGAUGGAGGAGCCACCCCCAGCAAGCAAGAAAGAGGGACUUGAGAGCCUGAAGAUCCCUGGACCUGACCCGGAGGAGGCAGAGUUAGGGAACAAACCGCCCACUCCACCCCUGCAUCGGUUCCCAUCGUGGGAGAGCCGCAUCUACGCUGUGGCUACUUUGGGCAUGCAGCUCUCAGAGGCAGCUCCCAAAAGUAACACUGCCAACUACGCUUCAAGCCCUCCUGCCCUUGCAUCCUUGGGACCUUUCUCUGGCCUCGUCUAUAGGAACAUCACGGUGCCUGUCUACACAGCCUUGAAAGGGAGAGCCACUCAGAUCAGCACCAUGCCCUUUGUGGACGAGUCCUCUGGGUCAGACGAUGACUGCAGCUCUCAGGCGAGUUUCCGAAACUCCGUCCCCUGCUCAGAAUCCAGGAAGACCGGCGGACUGGGCAGUCCCCGGGCCAUCAAGAGAGGCGUCUCCAUGUCUUCACUGAGCUCUGAGGGUGACUAUGCCAUCCCCCCGGAUGCCUGCUCACUGGACAGUGACUACUCGGAGCCUGAACACAAACUGCAGCGCACCUCCUCCUACUCCACCGACGGGCUGGGCCUAGGCCUGGAGUCGCUGGAGAAGUCGGGCUACCUGCUGAAAAUGGGGAGCCGGGUGAAGACAUGGAAGAGACGCUGGUUUGUCCUGAGACAGGGGCAGAUUAUGUACUACAAGUCUCCGAAUGAUGUCAUCCGGAAACCUCAAGGUCAAGUGGAGCUGAACUCCCGUUGCCAAAUUAUUCGAGGAGAGGGUGCACAGACAUUCCAGCUCAUCUCUGAGAAGAAAACCUACUACCUGACGGCCGAUUCACCCAGCCUGCUGGAGGAGUGGAUCCGAGUCCUGCAGAGCCUGCUCAAAGUCCAGGCCAUUGGGCCUCCCGCCCUGGCUCAGGGUAGCACCAAGCCUACUGUGAAGGGCUGGCUGACCAAGGUAAAGCAUGGCCACUCCAAGUUGGUCUGGUGUGCGCUCAUUGGAAGAACCUUCUACUACUAUCGGAGCCACGAGGACAAGCGACCCCUGGGCCGUCUGCCCGUGCGGGAUGCGCGCAUAGAGGAAGUGGAUCGAUCCUGUGACUCAGACGAGGACUAUGAGGCCGGAGGCACUGGGCGGUGGCUUUCUUCCCACUGCACCUUGGUGAUUCACCCCCCAGAGCACAGCCCCACCUACCUCCUCAUUGGCACCAAGCAUGAAAAGGACACGUGGCUUUACCACCUCACUGUGGCUGCAGGUGGCACCAGUGCCAAGGUGGGCACUGCCUAUGAGCAGCUCAUUCGGAAACUGAUGGAUGGUGAGGGAGAUCCAGACUCCCCGCUCUGGAGGCACCCUAUGCUCUGCUACAGCAAAGAUGGCCUGUACACCUCGCUCACCACCCUGCCCUCGGAGGCCCUGCAGACAGAGGCCCUCAAGCUCUUCAAGUCCUGCCAGCUCUUCAUCAACGUGCCUGUGGAAGCUGCCUCAGUGGACUACCACGUGUCCUUGGCCCAGACGGCGCUACAGGUGUGCCUGGUUCACCCUGAGCUGCAGAGCGAGAUCUACUGCCAACUCAUGAAGCAAACUUGCUGUCGGCCACCUCAGAAGUACUCCCUCAUGCAGUGCUGGCAGCUCCUGGCUCUGUGUGCCCCCCUCUUCCUGCCUCAGCAUCACUUCCUCUGGUACGUCAAGCAGCAGCUCCAGCGCCAUGCAGACCCCAGAAAUGAAACUGGCCAAUAUGCCACUUACUGCCAGCGGGCAGUAGAGCGGACCCUGAAGACUGGGGAGCGGGAAGCCAGACCCUCUCGCAUGGAAGUAGUCUCCAUCCUGCUGCGUAACCCCUUCCACCACUCCUUGCCCUUCAGCAUCCCCGUACACUUUACCAAUGGGACGUACCAGGUGGUUGGCUUCGAUGGCUCCUCCACCGUUGAUGAGUUCCUCCAGCGGCUGAACCAGGAGACGGGCAUGAGAAAGUGCUCCCACUCUGGCUUCUCCCUCUUCACGGAUGAUCCUUCUGGCAGGGACGUAGAACAUUGCCUCCAGGGGACUGUCAAGAUCUGUGAUGCCAUCUCCAAGUGGGAACAAGCCCUGAAGGAACUGCAUCCUGGGAAGUCCGAGGGUGGCACACGCAUUGUGAAGCUGAUGUGCAAGAACAGGCUGUACUUUCGGAGUCAAGUCAAAGGGGAGACAGAGCGAGAGCGGCUGCUGCUUGCCUCUCAAACCAGUGGUGAGAUAGUGGCGGGGAGAUUUCCUGUCAACAAGGAACUGGCACUUGAGAUGGCUGCACUGAUGGCCCAGGUAGAAUACGGGGACUUGGAAAGGCCCAGCCCGCCAGGCUCUGGGGGCACACCUCCUGCCAAGUCUCAGCAUCUCCUCCAGCAGGUCCUAGAUAAGUUCUACCCACAGCGCUAUAGACAUGGGGUGCCCCCUGAACAACUGAAGCACCUGACAGAUAUGCUGGCCACAAAGUGGGCAGCACUGCAAGGCUGCUCCCCUCCUGAGUGCAUCCGAAUCUACCUGACCGUGGCCCGGAAAUGGCCCUUCUUUGGUGCUAAACUCUUUACUGCUCAGCCUGCCCAGAUGUCUUUCAAGGAGAAUAUUCCAGUGUGGAUUGCUGUGAAUGAGGAUGGUGUCAGCAUCCUGGACCACAACACUAUGCAAGUGCACAUCACUUACCCCUACUCUUCAGUGACUACCUUCGGUGGCUACCGGGAUGACUUCAUGCUUGUGAUUAGAUCAUUUCCAGACCAGAUUUCUGGAAGAAGCCACAUUGAAAAGUUGAUAUUCCGGAUGGCUGCUCCCAAGAUUGCCGAGGCUACCCUCAUCAUGGCCAGCUACAUGAACUACUGCUCUGCAACUGUGAAUCCACCUACCAGCCCAUCUGCUUCCAGACAACCUUGGGAGCUGGACGGGCGACAGUUCUUUGCUUCUAUUCCACGUGAUACCAAGGGGCCAAUGUUACUGUGAAGAUCUCCUAUCCACCAUACCCCCAAUUUGGUCCCUGUAGGAUUAACUGCAUAUCCUGGGGUGUCUGUUACUACUGUGAUGGGUCUAAUUGUCCUCUUUGCUUUAUUCUGUGAAAGGUUUUGAGUAUUUCAGUCUGUAAAGCCUUUAUUCUCCAGGUGCCUUACUAUGUUUCAGGGCCCAACUUCUUGAAAUCUAGACCCAGUGAUGACCACUCUCUUUUCCACAAGAAUAUUGAACUCUGGCUGCUACCUUCUACUAGACAGACAGGGAAUGGUUCACUGUAUCUGAGGGCAUCAGUGCUACACACGCCAAGGUACUCUCAGGGAAGCUUGUCUUUUCUACAAUGUGUAAGGUCCUUAUUUGGGGAUUUAUACUUGAAGUUUUCCCAACAUCCCUGAACAGGAUAGGACUGAAAUUUCUAAUUCAACUGAACCUCUAACAAAAGCCUAAAACUGGACUUCUUUCCCAGGUGGGAAAGGUGUUAGCUUAAGGUAAGACUGGAUAACAAAUAAGACUCGCCCUUCCUUUACUGGCAAGUAGGUGAUUGUAUGCCUUCCAGGGUAUCGACGCUUGUCUUUGCAGAACUAGCUUGUCCUCCCAAGACUGAAACUUCUUACACAUCAGACUGUAAGCCAAGCUCAGUACCACACAGCAGCAGGGAGAUUCAUUUGGCCACUCUGUGACCCAUCUGAAUGAUCGGGCAGGGCUCAGUGAAGGCUGUACUCACUACUGUGGGGUGAGGUGAUCAGGUAUUUACCCUUUCUUUGGUAAGUCACACAAAUGUGUUCUGCUUUUUGCUGUUCUGAAAGGCUGGCUACACAGAUGAGUCAAGAACACAAACCCUCAAGACUCAGUGUCCUAGAGACUUCUGGCAAAAUUCUGCUGGGGAUUAGUUUGAGGACAGAGGGCAGAUAUGCCAUAUUUGUUCUAGCCUAAUAGCAUUAGUGAAAGAAAACUUCAAUUUCUGCUGCCAUCAUGAGACCGAUACCCCACCCCCAGUUGACAGCAGAGGAGAUAAUAGAUCAUUGUUGUCUCCACCUCCUAAAAAAAGGGGGGGGGGGACACAAGAAAGAGUUCACACUCUGAUUGUCCAAUACCUGAGAAAAUGAAUUUUAUUUCACAGCUCAUUUGUCAGUAAAGUGCUCAAAACGACGGGCUUAGCAGUAGCAUCCAAGAACCUAGCCUUUAACCCUAACAAUGUGUGCUGCCAGCACAUUGCAAACACAUGGCUGGAACUAUCUCAAUACCGCAGCUGCUGGAAGCUUCCCCUUGACUCUUUAACAAGCAUGAUGGAAAAUGCUUAGCAGUCUGCAGCUUAUAAAUGAACUUGACUUUGUAAGGCAGGCCAUUUUACAGCCAUCUCCCACUUGUGUUCCCACCUUUUCCACUAGGGUCUGAGGACCUAGCUGAGACACAUCUACCUCAAACAAGUCAACAUCUCACAUAGACACAGGUUCCUGGAAAACCCUCCAGGGCUAGUGUAAUAAAAGACAGAUUACAACUUUGAUUUAAUAACAUCUUGAGUGUCUGUUGGACCAAUGAGGAUAUUAUCUACCUGGCAGUACAUAAUAAAUUAAGAGGUUUAGGGGAAGGGGGGAAAAAAAAGGAUUCCAAGAAAGAUUAAGCAAGAAUGGCACUUCAUACAGAACUUGAGGCCACUAUUUCCCCCACCCUCUCUUUCCCAACCCUUCAGGAAUGUUCUGAGUAUAUUAGUUUUAUACAGAAGAAGCUUCCCUAGAAACAAAGGCUUCUAUAAUUCUCUUGAUUAAUCCUCCUGUAACAAAAUAACCUCAUGGCUGAAAACCAAAGUCAAGUUUCUAUCUGACCUUUUGUCUCAUCCCUCUCAGCAAAAGCAGCCUUUGAAAACGUAGAUAAUGCUGAGCAACAGAAAUGUGCCUGACACCCAUGACUGAAAUGCCAUGAUCGUGUUUGUCAAUAAAAAGCAGCUGUCUGUGAA